CUUCCCACCGCCCGAUCUCGCGAUCCGAUCAAGGGGUGCUUGCUGGUCGUAGCACCUCGUCACCGACAGAACCAAACCUACCUUGCUUUGACUUUCCAACAUCACACGAUAAACCUAGACACCAAAUAUCUAAUUACACCAACCGAACGUAACCCAUCCACAAGAACACCCGUUACACAAUAGGAAAUCCGGAACAACAAACAACAUCCCGACCAACAAAGGCAACAACAACAACAACCAAGAUGUCCUCCUGGUACUCCAACCUCUCCAACAACAUCACCAAGCUCCAACGCACCUACUUCUCGGGCGAAGCCGACGGCGACACCGAAGACGACACCCACGUCUGCCGCGUCCUGCGCGCCUACUACAUCGAAAAGGGUCAACACUUUCCUUCCUGGCUACCUCCCGACCCCAAGGCUCCUCCUCCUGUCCAACAACAACAGCAGCAGCAGCAAGGACAACAACAGAGAUAUAACGGUUAUGGCGGUCAGGGGCAACAACAGUUAAGCAGUCUAUGGGACAAUAACAACGGUGGCGGCCGGGGAGGAGGAGCAGGAGCAGGAGCAGGAGCGCAACAGGGAAGUGCGGCGCAAAGUCGAAACCCUUUCGCCCGCGGCGCCGCUUCCUCAGCUGCUUCGUCACCUGUCAACGCCGCCCCCGGCCAUCAUGGUGGUGGGUAUCAAGCAGGAGGACAGCAUCAAGCAGGAGGAGGGGUGCCGCCGCAGAGUCUAAGAGCCGGCAGCACCAGCAGCAAUGGGGGUUACGGCCAUCAACAAUCGGGGCCCUACGGCUCCGCAGCAGGAGGCGGAGCAGCUAGUAGCGUGGCGUCGAUGCCUGCGCAGCACAGUGGGAGCAGUGGGAUUAGUGCGCAGGACAAAUUGAAGCAGAGGCUUUGGGGCGGGUCGAGGACGACUAGUCCUGGAAACUCGGGUGGGACUGGGCCGUUUGCGCCGCCCGCUGCUGCUUCCCAGCAGAGGACAGGGUCUGUAGGAGGAGGAGGGGGGGGAGGGGGCUAUGAUGGUGGACAUGGAAAUGUGGGAUUGCCGAGCGGACCUAGACUGCCGCCUGGAGGAGGGCGGAUGGGGUUGCCUAGUAAUCCUAGGAUGCGAUAGAGGAGAGGAGAGUUGAGGAGGGAGGAGGUGGAACAGGUGUAUACAGGAAGACAGGCUGGGCAAAGCGUAGCGUUGGCUUUACUGGUUUACUGGUCGGCAAGCGAUUCGAUCUUUUUUAGCUAGCGAAUAAACAGGAGCAAUUAU